AUACCAGGGGCAGUGGACAGGAGGGAUGCGACAUGGAUAUGGUGUACGUCAGAGUGUACCCUAUGGCAUGGCAACUGUGAUCCGUUCACCCCUCCGAACGUCUCUAGCUUCACUCCGGAGUGAGCAGAGCAACGGCACUGUUCUGCAUGAUGUCACUUCAGACAGUCCAGCUGGAACAAGAGGAGGUUUUGUUCUCAAUUUUCACAGUGAUCCAGAAGCCAUGGGCAUUAAGAAAAAAGGAGGCUUAUUCAGAAGAGGAUCCCUUCUUGGUAGUAUAAAACUUAGAAAAUCUGAAUCUAGGUCAUCGAUAUCUAGCAAACGGAGCUCUGUCAGGAGUGAUGCUGCUAUGAGCAGAAUUAGUUCUAGUGAUGCCAACUCUACGAUUAGUUUUGGAGACGGUGACUGUGAUUAUUGCCCUAUGGAAGACCAUGUUGAUGCCACCACUACAGAAGCCUAUAUGGGUGAAUGGAAGAAUGACAAGCGCAGUGGUUUUGGUAUUAGUGAGCGUUCAAAUGGUAUGAAAUAUGAAGGAGAAUGGCUAAAUAACAGGAGGCAUGGAUAUGGAUGUACCAUGUUUCCAGAUGGCACCAAAGAAGAGGGAAAAUAUAAAAAUAACAUUUUGGUCCGUGGAAUAAGAAAGCAACUUAUACCAAUACGAAACACAAAAACUAGAGAAAAGGUGGACAGAGCAAUAGAGGGUGCACAGCGAGCAGCUGCCAUGGCAAGAACCAAAGUGGAAAUUGCAACUUCAAG